GAGGUGACGGGGCUCUGAGGGGGCGCGGGCGGCGACGCGGAGGGCGCGCCGCGGGAGCGAUUGACCCAGAACUCAUUUUCUGGAAAGCAACUGCCUUCACAAUGGUAAAAUAAUUAAAUGAAGAGUCAGAACAAAUUGCCUUUGGGUGAGAAUCUUCUGAGGAUGAAAGGAGUUUAAGCUUAAUCCAAGCCAUGUGGUAAAACCAAGAAUUUGAAGAAAAUGGAAAAGAGGUCCCCAAUUUUGUUGCUGUGUAUUUUUCUGCCCUUGAUAAGGGGGCACAGUCUGUUCACCUGUGAACCAAUUACUGUUCCCAGAUGUAUGAAAAUGGACUACAACAUGACAUUUUUUCCUAAUCUAAUGGGUCAUUAUGACCAGGGUGCUGCUGCUGUGGAAAUGAAGCAUUUUCUUCCUCUUGCAAAUCUGGAAUGUUCACCAGAUGUUGAAACAUUCCUUUGCCAAGCUUUUGUACCAACCUGCACAGAAAAAAUUGAUGUGGUCCCACCUUGUCGUAAAUUGUGUGAGAAAGUAUAUUCUGAUUGCAAAAAAUUAAUGGAUACAUUUGAGAUCAGAUGGCCUGAAGAACUUGAAUGUAACAGAUUGAAAUACUGUGAUGGCAGUGUUCCUGUAACUCUUGAUCCACACACAGAGUCUCUUGGCCCUCAGAAGAAAACUGAACAAGUCCAAAGAAACCUUGGAAUUUGGUGUCCACGGCAUCUUAAGACUUCUGGGGGACAAGGCUAUAAGUUUCUGGGAAUUGAUCAGUGUGCUCCUCCAUGUCCCAACAUGUAUUUUAAAAGUGAUGAGCUAGAAUUUGCAAAAAGCUUUAUUGGAAUAGUUUCUAUAUUCUGUCUUUGUGCAACUCUGUUUACAUUUCUUACAUUUUUAAUUGAUGUAAAAAGAUUCAGAUACCCAGAGAGACCAAUUAUAUAUUACUCUGUCUGUUACAGUAUCGUAUCUCUGAUGUACUUCAUUGGAUUUUUGCUAGGGAACAGCACAGCCUGCAAUAAGGCCAAUGAGAAGCUAGAACUUGGUGACACCGUCGUUCUGGGAUCUCAGAACAAGGCUUGCACUGUAGUGUUCAUGUUUUUGUAUUUCUUCACGAUGGCUGGCACCGUCUGGUGGGUUAUUCUGACCAUCACUUGGUUCUUAGCUGCAGGAAGAAAAUGGAGUUGUGAAGCCAUUGAACAGAAAGCAGUGUGGUUUCAUGCUUUUGCCUGGGGAGUUCCCGGUUUCCUGACCGUCAUGCUGCUUGCCAUGAACAAAGUUGAGGGAGACAACAUUAGUGGAGUAUGCUUUGUUGGCCUUUAUGACCUGGAUGCUUCUCGCUACUUUGUCCUUCUGCCUCUGUGCCUCUGUGUGUUUGUUGGACUGUCUCUUCUCUUAGCUGGCAUUAUCUCCUUAAAUCAUGUCCGACAAGUUAUACAACACGAUGGCCGGAACCAGGAGAAACUAAAGAAAUUUAUGAUUCGAAUUGGAGUCUUCAGUGGCCUGUAUCUUGUGCCAUUAGUGACCCUUCUUGGGUGUUAUGUUUAUGAGCUGGUCAACAGGAUUACCUGGGAGAUCACUUGGUACUCUGAUCAUUGCCGCAAGUUCCAUAUCUCAUGUCCAGAUCUGGCGGAAUCAAAAGCUCAGCCAGAACUGGCUUUAUUUAUGAUAAAAUACCUGAUGACAUUAAUUGUUGGUAUUUCUGCUGUCUUCUGGGUUGGAAGCAAAAAAACAUGCACAGAAUGGGCUGGGUUCUUUAAACGAAACCGCAAGAGAGAUCCAAUCAGUGAAAGUCGAAGAGUGCUACAAGAGUCAUGUGAGUUUUUCUUAAAGCACAAUUCUAAAGUGAAACACAAAAAGAAGCAUUACAAACCAAGUUCACAUAAGCUGAAGGUCAUUUCCAAGUCCAUGGGAACCAGCACUGGAGCUACAGCAAACCAUGGCACUUCUGCAGUAGCAAUCACUGACCAGGAUUUCUUAGGACAAGAGACCUUGACAGAAAUCCAAACUUCUCCGGAAGCAUCCGUGAGAGAGGUGAAAGCAGACAGAGGAAGCAGUCCCAAAGCCCGGGAGCAGGGCUGUGGAGAACCUGCCUCUCCAGCGGCGUCCAGGUCCAAGCUCUCUGGGGGACAGGACGGCAGCAAAGUUCCAGUGGGCAGUGGGAGGGACAAAAGUAGUGCAUCGGAAAGUGCUCGGAGUGAAGGAAGAGGAAGUCCAAAGAGUGAUGUCACUGAAACUGGCUUGGUGAAGAGCAACAAUCUGCAGGUCCCCAGUUCUUCAGAACCAAGCAGCUUCAAAGGUUCCACAUCUCUGCUUGUCCACUCCACUUCUGGAGUUAGAAAAGAGCAGUGUGCUGGCAGUCAUUCAGAUACUUGAAAAUUACCUGUGAGUAAAAGCUUUUACACUGGACGUGACCAAUAUAAGAAUCACUGUUGGCUGGUAGCGCAGCUCUGGAGUAGAGCUCGUGCCUAGCAUACUUGAAGACCUGGGUUUGGGUAUGGUUUCCAGCACUGGAAACACACUGUUACAUUCUUCUUUGCACUUAGUGCUCCAUUGUCUACUGUUACAGCAGGGGAGGGGGGUUGAGAGAGAACAGAUUGCAAGAAUAAUACAGUCCAUUGCCACAAAAGUUCAUGAUAACAGGACACCUGAAAAACAAAUUGUGCAGGUUAAUAAUAUUUUUAAAUUGGGUUUGGAGUUAGAGGAAUCUUUUCUAUUUAUGAAGAUUCUGUUCUUGUUAAAGUAUUUUAAGAUGUAUUAUACUAGCCCAGUCUUUUGAUAUAAAAUCAAGAUUUUUCUUUGCUGAAAUAUUUAAAACUUGUCUUUGUACUUAUAUAUAUAUAUAUAUAUUUGAAAAUAAGCUUAUGUGUAUUUGAACUUUUUUUAAAAUCCUGGAAAAUUGAUUCAAGUAUUUUUAUUCUUUUAUUCUGAUAUUUUAACUACUUUGCUACUAUGGUAGCUUUGACACUGAAUUUUUAAGAGAAUUGGAGUAGUAUUUUUUAUGGUGUAAAGAAUAGAGGACACAUCCCAAAAGGUUUUGUAAUGAACAUUCAAUUUUUAAAACCACUUCUACCUUCCCAUCUUACAUGCGUGAAUUCCAAGUUUUUGUUUUAGGAUUUUCACAGACGUGUUCUGCAGCUGAAGAGAGGUGCUUGCUGAAAUAGUGUCCCCAGGGCCGAUAGAACUGUGAUACUCCCUGGUCCUUCUGCAUUUAUAAAGUAAAAUGUCCUGAGGUGUUCAUGCAUGGAAUAGUCAUCUUUUAUAAAUUAAGCCAAGUGCAAUUGAUUUCCUUUUCUUAAUGUCUCAUGGCCACCAGAAUUGCAUGGCCACAUAUGACUGCUUAUACUUUUCCCUUCUUUAACAUUGUUAGCGUUUAGACUACUGCAAACGUGUAGUACUUUUCUCAGAUGUUAUGUGAGAAUCGUUUCUGUAGCUACAUCCAGAAGUGUGUUAAUUUUAGUGCCAACCAACUGGGAAAAAUCUAAUCCUGGUAAACAAAAUGUAUUUUGUGCAACUCAUUUUAAAAUACUAAGGAAUUUUCUUAGUUUUGUUUCUCAUUAAGUAUUAUUUUUGAUCACAGUUUUCUGAUGAUUUUGGCCUGUGUAGAAUGCUGUUACAGCUCACAAUGGAAAUUAUCAUGUACUGUAUGGAGAAGGUUUUAAAUGCUAACUUCUACUUUUGUAAACAGAUAGCUUUGUAUUCAUGUACUUUUCUGUGUGUGACCUUUUAUUAAUAAAUUUUUCUUUGUAUAAGG